AUGGAGGGCGGCGGUGGGGCUGACGGGGCUCCCGGCGCGUCGCCGGAACCGGGACCGGAGUCAGAGCCUGAGCCGGGACCGGGCCCGGAGUCUGAGCCACAGCCGCGCAUCGCGCUGCCGCCACUGGGACUGGGCGCACCCCUCGGUUACCUGCACGUCCUGUGGCAGCGGGAGGAGCCCGCGGGCAAGAUCCCGGCCCGCCGCCUGCGCAGGGCCUCCCGUCUCCACCGCCGGCUGGGGCCGACGGGCAAGGAGGCCCACGCUCUGAAAAGGCUGCGUGAGGCUGCCAAUAGCAACGAUUUGGACACAGUGCAGCAACUCUUGGAUGACGGAACUGACCCCUGUGCUGCAGAUGACAAAGGUCGGACAGCACUGCACUUUGCCUCCUGCAAUGGCAAUGAUCACAUCGUCCAACUGCUUCUGGAUCAUGGGGCUGACCCAAACCAGAGAGAUGGGCUGGGCAAUACUCCCUUACACUUGGCUGCCUGCACAAACCAUGUUCCUGUCAUCACCACGCUGCUGCGCGGAGGGGCCAGAGUUGAUGCCUUGGAUCGAGCUGGCAGAACCCCACUGCAUCUUGCUAAAUCAAAGCUGAAUAUCCUGCAGGAAGGAUUCUCCCACAGCCUGGAGGCUGUACGCCUUGAAGUGAAACAGAUUAUCCAGAUGUUGCGGGAAUACCUGGACCGUCUGGGGAGGCAUGAGCAAAAGGAACAGCUGGACGACCUCUGCUCCAGGCUGCAGAUGACUAGCACAAAGGAGCAGGUGGAUGAGGUUACAGACCUCCUGGCCAGCUUCACAUCACUCAGCCUGCAGAUGCAGAAGAUGGACAACAGGUAAUGGGCUGCUAAAUAAUCUUCCUGAAGCAGCAGGAGAAGCGUUAGAGAGAAGAAAAGGAAGCUGGAGUUUGCUUCCCAGAUUGCUGACUAAACCUUGCUGCCAGCGGCCAUUCCUGCCAGACUGACUCUCCAGUGGCGCUCAGACUGUUCCUCUUGGUGCUGCCGCAGCUGCCCCAUGGGGAGGCAGCAGGCUUUGCACAGCAAAGGCAACAGACAAGAAUGCUGCAGCUGUGACUUUGGGGUAAAAGAGCUCCUCUACUUUUUACUGAUGGGCUGGCGAUGAAUAGGGUACCCUUUCCAGAGAUAUUUUGCCUUCUCCUAUGUACGUCAGCUCGAUGUAGGCAGUGACCAAUGCCAUGUGCAGGUACCAGCCCUGACUAGUGCACUCAGCAGCUGGCCAGCAUCAUGGAAAUGCUUGGAACAGGCACCUUUUCCAGCCUCAUACUGCUGAAUUGCAUGAGGGAGAAAGAUAAUGCCUUGAACAGCAGAAGGUUUUGUGCCGUGAGUAGAACACACAUUUAAUUCUGCAUGCUACAAGCUGAGCAAACAUUCUGCCUUAAAAGACAUGCACUGAUGAGGCUUAAUCCUCACCUUCCCCAGAGCCUACUGUCAGAGGGCAGAGAAUAUGUCUGGUUACAGGUGGGAUACAAAGUUUUUCAUGGCUAGGCUAAGGCCUUUCACUGGACCCAUUUUUUUAACUCCACUGCAAGUUAGUGCUUAAAUAAUACAGUGUAACACUUGCAGAGCCGCCCUGAUGCGAGAAUAAGGAUUACAGGGUGACAGUCUCUAAUGCAGUUCUAGUCAGACAUCUACAUCUUGCAAAAAAAAAAAAAAACAAACCACCAGAACUACCUUUUGUGUUUCCUGUUACUGGCAGUCUCAGGCAAGAGGUCCAGUUGUGACCGGAGGUAUUGUGCAUUCAGCUGUAUUAUUGGGCUAGGUACCUCUGCCUCAGCAGCACCAAACCCAUUGCUCAGCCAUUCUGUGUCCCUUGCUUGUCACGGAGACCCUUAAAUGCAGUGUAAGAAACAAAUUAUGGCUUGUGCUGGGAGCCUGAAGUGAUGCAGCUAUGAAGCAUGCACAGAAAUGCUGUUGCUGGUCUCUCACUUCUGCCCACUGUGGUUAGCAAACAAUCUGCUUUGUUGUGGAGCAGGGAUCCAGGAAAUCUCAUUGAUAGGCACCAACAGCAACAGGAUGACAGGAACAUGCCAAUAAUAAUCUGAGUUCCCACCUGUGUACCACACCAUGGUGUGCUGGUAGCCAUACCUAUCCCACAGCUUGGGAGUCACUGGUUUGAAAGAGUUUAUUAUUAGGAUACAGCUUAAAUAUGCAACAGCCGCAGUUUGGAGCAUUCUUCAGAGAUCUUUAGGUCAGCAUGCUCUCUGAUAUCUGCCUCUUGUCCAGGAGGAGGCUAAGUGGACCUCUGUUCAAAGCUGAGAUACUUGAAAGAGGCAUGGAUUUUUGAUGGGUUUGUCUGUGGGCCACUAGAGGACACAGCUGGGAGCAGUCUUGUGGCUGGGCUGGAACUGUCACUGCAUAUUGAUACUUCAUUACGAUGUGCUGGAUGGGAAGGAUGCUGAGCAGGUGGGAGACAAUCUGAUCUUUUUGUAUUUUAAACUUCAAUAAAAUCCUGUCAGCCUUUUACAA